AUGGCACAGAGGCUGUGGGCCGGCCGCCUGCUGCGGCAUCGGAAAGCCCAGCUGCUGCUGGUCAACCUGCUGACCUUCGGCCUGGAGGUGUGCCUGGCCGCCGGCAUCACGUACGUGCCGCCCUUGCUGCUGGAAGUGGGGGUCGAGGAGAAGUUCAUGACCAUGGUGCUGGGCAUCGGUCCAGUGCUGGGCCUCGUCUCGGUCCCACUCCUAGGCUCGGCCAGUGACCACUGGCGUGGGCGCUAUGGUCGCCGGAGGCCCUUCAUCUGGGCCCUGUCCCUGGGCGUCCUGCUGAGUCUCUUCCUCAUCCCGAGGGCCGGCUGGCUGGCGGGGCUGCUGUGCCCGGACACCAGGCCCCUGGAGCUGGCCCUGCUGAUCCUGGGGGUGGGGCUGCUGGACUUCUGCGGCCAGGUUUGCUUCACCCCGCUGGAGGCCCUGCUCUCUGACCUCUUCCGGGACCCAGACCACUGUCGCCAGGCCUUCUCCGUCUAUGCCUUCAUGAUCAGCCUCGGGGGCUGCCUGGGCUACCUCCUGCCUGCAAUCGACUGGGACGCCAGUGCCCUGGCCCCCUACCUGGGCACCCAGGAAGAGUGCCUCUUUGGCCUGCUCACCCUCAUCUUCCUCACCUGUGUGGCGGCCACACUGUUCGUGGCCGAGGAGGCAGCGCUGGGUCCGGCCGAGGUGGCGGAAGGGCUGGUGGUCCCCUCGGGGCCACACUGCUGGCCGUGCCACACCCGCCUGGCUUUCCGGAACCUGGGCGCCCUCUUUCCCCGGCUGCACCAGCUCUGCUGCCGUGUGCCUCGCACCCUGCGCAGACUCUUCAUGGCCGAGCUGUGCAGCUGGAUGGCGUUCAUGACCUUCACGCUGUUCUACACGGACUUUGUAGGCGAGGGGCUGUACCAGGGUGUGCCCCGGGCCGAGCCGGGCACCGAGGCCCGGAGACACUAUGAUGAAGGGGUCCGGAUGGGCAGCCUGGGGCUGUUCCUGCAGUGCGCCAUCUCCCUGCUCUUCUCUCUGGUCAUGGACCGGCUGGUGCAGCGAUUCGGCACCCGGGCCGUCUAUCUGGCCAGCGUGGUGGCCUUCCCUGUUGCCGCCGGCACCAUGUGCCUGUCGCGCAGCGUGGCCGUGGUGACCGCGUCGGCCGCCCUCACCGGCUUCACCUUCUCGGCCCUGCAGAUCCUGCCCUACACGCUAGCCUCCCUCUACCACCGCGAGAAGCAGGUUUUCCUGCCCAAAUACCGAGGAGAUGCCGGGAGUAGUGCCGGCGCGGACAGCCUGACGCCCAGCUUCCCACCGGGCCCCAAGACCGGAUCCCCCUUCCCCAACGGACACAUGGGGGCUGGAGGUAGCAGCCUCCUCCCUUCUCCUCCUGUGCUGUGUGGGGCCCCCGCCUGCGACAGCUCCAUGCGUGUGGUGGUGGGCGAGCCGCCUGAGGCCAGGGUCAUUCCGGGCCGGGGCAUCUGCCUGGACCUCGCCAUCCUGGACAGUGCCUUCCUGCUGUCCCAGGUGGCCCCGUCCCUGUUUAUGGGCUCCAUUGUUCAGCUCAGCCAGUCUGUCACUGCCUACAUGGUGUCGGCCGCGGGCCUUGGUUUGGUGGCCAUUUAUUUUGCUACACAGGUGGUAUUUGAUAAGAGUGACUUGGCCAAAUACUCGGUGUAGAGUCCUUCUGGCCCACCGAGGGAGGGUCGCAGGCCCUCCCCCACCCCCUCUCCGGGUCAGGGGCCUU